GAACCCUGUGGCCGGUCGCCCUGCGCGUGUGCACUCCGCGUUCUCCACCAUGCCCGGGGGCGUGCCCUGGUCGGUCUACUUGAAAAUGCUCUCCUCCAGCCUCCUGGCCAUGUGCGCCGGAGCCCAGGUGGUGCACUGGUACUACCGGCCUGACCUGACAAUACCUGAAAUUCCACCAAAGCCUGGAGAACUCAGAACGGAGCUUUUGGGACUGAGGGAGAGACACCGUGAAUCUCAGGUCUCACAGCAGUAGAAACCUCAAAAUACAGCUGUGCAAAGAACUCUGUGAAUGAUGCUUUAAAUAUGUAUUUUAAAAUUUAUUAAGUAAAACAACUUUUUUUUUUUU